UUUUCCACAAACUGUUUAUUUAUGAUCUUAUAUCGUCAGGGGUAGGCAGCACUCCAAAUGCUACAAAUAAAAGUGCUUCUUCCUUGUUAGUUUUAGAUGGUAUGAUAGUAGAGCUGUUCUAAUGUUUAUAUUGUAUAAUGAUUUCCUCAUAGUGGGAGGUAUUUAACUAGAUUAUGUACAGUUCAUUUUUAUUCAAUUUUAAGUGAAGUACUGUUAGUAGCAGUUUUUUUUCAGUGUUCUUGAGCUAGCACCACUUCAGAUUUCAGUUAAAAGCAUUUCAAGUAAAAUUGGAAUAAGUUAUGUGGUUUGUUUCAUUGAAAUGUGUGUGGUAAUAUUUGCCCAAUUACAAAACAAGGGACUUAUUUUUUUUAUUUUUUUCUUUACAGUGAAACUGGCCAUAACGUAGUCAAGGUUUGUUCCUUGUUAGCCGACUUGUAAACACCUCUUCUUGUAAUGCCAGGGAAAUCCCGCCUUCCAAGACACAGAACAGGUUUUCUAAUGAAAUACGUAUGUGUUUGUUUAAUGAUUACAUAUUUCUUGCUUAGUGCUCUUUGUUUUUUCUUCUAAGAGUACAUAGUACAGGUUUUGAGUAAAGAAAGUGUUUGAGUUAAAGGAGACUAUGACUGCUUGUUAUGUACUGAAAUGAGAAAAGCAUGGAUGUCAUUAUUCUUGAAAAUUCACAUGAAGUCCAUUCAUCAUUCUGGUGUGCAAUCUCUUUUAUGAGAAAAGAGGUCCUUUCGUUAAAUGUCCACUCCUUUGAAAACACUGUGUUUUCAUCAUAAGGUGUUGCAUCAUAAGGAUAUGCACUUCCUCUACAUCAAUUUUUUUUUUCUACACAAAACAUAAACAAAAAAGGCAUACAUACAGUUUCAGGUUGUGCUGUGCAUUAAAUGGAUAUUCCUUUCACAUAUAACAAGCCUGUUGUUUACAGUCACUUUGCAGAACUUUUUUUCCAAAAACUUGUUGGGCUGGUUAUGGCGUCUGGCUUGUUUAAGGGUCAAAGUUUUAUUGUUGUUUAGAUACUAUUGUUUAGUAAAUCUGAUAAUGGAGUUCUCUGCUAUCUAAGCCAAUACUGUUUAUCAGAUUAAAUAGUAAAUAUAGACUUAAUUGUUCACUUCAGCCCACACAUUUUUCACUGUAACGGGAAAUGCGUAUGAAGAAAGACACUUUUCUUCAUAAUAUAAUCAUAUAGAUAAGGCCCAUAAAAAUGACUGCAGAUAUUUACGUCUUUCAUUUUAUGAUAAAAUAAUUUAAUGGGAAAAAUCUGAACAGUACUGAGAAAAGGAAUAUUUCGAUGGAAAGAAUGCCACUACAUUACAUUUAUGCUUUACUUGAAUGAUUGUCUUGGUUGUGCGUUUUAUUUUAAUAUUGAAUGUGUUUUGAUUUUAGUUCGAAUAUGUUUUGUACAUGAAACAUUUAUUUCAUUGCCAAGGAGACAUUCAACCUUUACAUUUUCCAUCUAAUAUUUAUUUAUUUUUAUUUCAUCUUUAAAACAAUUAAUUAAGCUAAUCUGUGAAAUAAAUUAGACAGGCGUGCAAAAAACAUACAGCACUGAUUGUAAGGGUUAAAUUCAAUAUGAUGAACAAAAGAGGUCUAAAUAAUGUCUUGGCAGCAUAUAUUACCGCUUCACACAGGACUAGUGACAUGACAUCAGGUCAAAACAUUUUAUUUUGUAUUUGUAUGUCUUGAGGGUGUGUCUUAAUUUGUUCCAGUCAAACACAAGGAAGGUUACAACUCUGAAAUUCUAGGCUACAGAACAGAUCUGGAGUUCCCCUUUUCAAACAGGAAAGACAAGCUCAUGACACUAUAAAAGGGCCGUCUCAAACAACCUGCCGUGAGAAAGAAGAGAUCUGUCGCGACGAACACAGAGGAAUAUUUGUACAAGAUUUUUAUUGGCGCUCAUAGGACAGAAGAACUGCGAACAGCUACACAGUCUGUUUACCCAGCGGUAAUUCACUGCUUUCCAAAUCAAUCAGACAGCACCAAAAUGGUAGAACAACAGAUCUUUACUGUUCAGAACCGUGAGCGGAUCCAGGCAGUGGAGAGCACCUUCGGCCGACCCGGAAAGAUGCUUCUCAAACCGGGCCGUAUUCUGGUGGGAGAGGGCUACUUGUCAAAGCUGUGCAGACGUGGACCCAAACCCAAAGCGUUCUUCCUCUUCAAUGACAUUUUGGUCUACGGUAGAAUCAUGGUGCCCGGUCGCUGGAACAGUAGGCAGAAGAUCAUUCCUUUGGAGGAUGUGCAGCAGGAAGAUCUGGAAGAUGGAGUGGCCAUGCCCAACCAAUGGCUCAUCCGCACGCCACGCAAGUCUUUCUACGUGUCGGCGGCCUCGCCUGACGAAAAGAAUGCGUGGAUGGGACGCAUUGAGCAGUACAGGUCCCUCCUAAUGCAAGCUAAGGGCCUCCCUGCUGACAAAGCUGUAGAGAACUUCGCUGCCACCUGGAUCCCUGACAUGGCAUCAGCCAUCUGUAUGCGCUGCUCAAAGCGAUUUAACGUUGCCAAUCGGAGGCACCACUGCCGGAGAUGCGGUUAUAUAGUGUGUAGAGCUUGCUCAAAGAGUCGGGCCUUGAUACCAAACAUCUCCUCCAGACCGGUGAGAAUUUGCCGGGUCUGUGUGAGCAGCGUUCAUGAGGGAAAAGAGCAAGGAAAGCAGAGAGCCCAGGGUAAGCACUGGAAGAAAAACUCCGUAGAGGACACGACAACGCUACAUGAGUAUGAGACGUCGAGUGAUGACGAGUCCUGUGAGGAGGGCUACCAGGUGUCCACCAAGUGGUUCAAGAGCCCAGAGGAUGAGGAUUACUCCCCAUACUGCUACAUAAAGCCCGAGCACAUGAAUCCUCCCGUCAGUGGACUCUGAACCGGACAGAUGUGAUGAAGUGCUGUUAUGAACUAAGCUGAAACUCUUUAAAGAAACUGAAACUGACCUCGCCCAAGAACAGAAGCACAGAGACGAGAGAUUAAUAGCAGUAAUUAUAAAGUAUUUUGCACUAAUGCAUUUGAGUCACUUCUAUGACUUCUGUUUUGCACAUGUAUUUGUAUUUAUAUUUGUAUGUAAGUAAAUAUAUAUUAUAACUUUAUUGAAUA